CAAAUAACAAAUAAUUAAAAUAAUCAAUAAUCCAAACAAUUAAAAAAAAUAUAUUAUAUAGUUUUAAGAAAAAUAAUAUUUUAGAAUCAAUAUUAUUUUUUUUCACCUACUCUAUAUCCACUUGUUUUUUUUAAUCUGAUCAUAUAUAAUUAUUACUGUAUUUUGUUUUAAAUUUGUUGUUAUAUUAUCUUGUUAUUUAUUUGUAAUACUUUUAAUUGUUAACAUUACUAUUAUAAAAAAAAAAGCAUUGUAUUCAAAAAAAAAAAAUGUAUAUCCUCAAGUAUGUAUCUGUAUUCCUUUUGAUGACACUUUGUGUCUUCAACAGUGGUGUCCAUGCCAAAACUGUAACCGUUGAUGGUUCAAAAUGUGGUACCUGCCAAUUAGAAUCAUUAUUAGGUGGUAUUGGUGGUGUAUUAAGUCAAGCUGAUGAUAUUAUCAUCAAGGGUAUUCCAAACGCUGUCUACACAAUCAGCAAGCCACUCAUGUGUCGUACUAUGAACAUUACCAGCGGUACUGUCAACUUAAAUACAAAUAUGAACUUAAAAGGUGACCUUUGGAUUGCUUCCGGUGCUCUUUUAGUUGUCAAUGGUGCUCUCUCUGGUAACAGUCUCAUCAACCUCGAUGGUAACAUCCUCGUCAAAGGUGGUGUCUCAUCAAUUGGUCAAUUAAACUGUAAUGGUCAAUUAAAAGUUGAAUCUGGUUCAUUAACUCUUAAUGGUUUAUUAGCUUCAGCUACCUCAAUGCCAAUUGUUUCAGGUGGUUCUUUAAUCAACAAUGGUAAAUGUAUUUACAACUCAUUACCAGUUGUUUCAGGUGCUUCCCAAUUCAUUGUUAACGGUGCUACCACUUUAACCAAAGGUAUUAGCUGUUCAGACAAGUCCAUUUUAAGUAUUGCUGCCAAAGCAACUGCUGAUAUCCAACAUGACUCAAAGAUUUUAAAUCCAAUUAAAAUCGAUGCUGCUGGUGAAAUCAAAUUAACCAAAGGUAAUCACGUAUUCAAUGGUGUUAAUGGUGCUACCAACUCAAUCAUGACAAUCGUCGACGGUGCUGUUUCAAUGAAUGCCCCAUCUAAAUGUCACUCCAUUAAUCUCUCUGGUGCCGGUUCAAUCUUAGUAAAUGCCAAUUCAAUUGUUAAUGAUAUCAAAGCAAAAGCUACCGCUAAAAUUGAUCUUGCUGCAACUGGUCUCUUAAACAUCAACGGUAAAGCUGAUAUUGAUGCCAUGGUCAACUUAAAAGACAAAGCUCAAAUUAUUGCCGCUGCCAAAUCAACUGUUAACCUCUUAGGUGGUAUUACUUCAACUGCUACUUCACAAGUCCAAGCUAUGGAUAACUCUAUUCUCAACAUGGGUAAAAACUGUAUGUUCUCACAACCAAUCAUCGUCGGUAAACAAGCCACUCUUAACCUUAACAAUGGUAACCAUGACUUCCAACAAGGUGUUCAAUCAGAAAGCACUUCAACCACCAACAUUGCCAAAGACUCUAAAGUAAAAGCCAACAAAGACUGUAAAUUCGGUAUUCUUAACGUUGCCACUGGUGCUGAUGUUAACAUUAACUCUGGUACAACUGUCGUCCAAGGUCCACUUACCACUGCUGAUAAAUCAAUCUUUGCUGUUACCAACGCCGUCCUCAACCUUAAAGGUGCCUCAAUUCUUAAAGCCCCAUUAAACAUUAAUGCUAAAGCCAAAGCCAUCAUUGAUGCUAAAACUGAUCUCUUAUCAGGUAUCAACGCCCACAUCGACGCACACAUUGACAUUAACCAUAACCUUAACAUCCUCGGUACUUCAAAUAUCCAAUCUGCUACUAAUAUCAAUGCCAACGGUCUCCUUGUUUUCGGUGGUUCAAAAGAUGUCACCCACAAAUGCUCUGGUUCAAUCAAAUCUGACUCUAAAUCAACUCUUAACGUUCAAAGUGGUGCCAUCCUUCAUCUUGACGGUGAUGCUACUCUUGCUGGUAUCCAUAAAUUAAUUGAUGGUUCACAAAUUGUUGUCAACGGUAAUGCUAACAUUGUCACUGGUUUAACUUCAGUCGGUACUGCUUUAUCUCACUUCACUGUUGGUCCAACUGGUAAAUGUGUUUUAGGUAAUGUUCCAAUGCCAUCACUCCCAGGUUUCCCAUCAUUCCCAAUGUCAUCAGGUAAUUCAUUCCCAUCAUCAUCAUCAGGUAACUCAGCCCCAUCAUCAGGUAACUCAGCCCCAUCAACUGGUUCAUUCCCAUCAUCAGGUAACUCAGCUCCAUCAUCAGGUAACUCAGCCCCAUCAACCGGUUCAUUCCCAUCAUCAGGUAACUCAGCUCCAUCAUCAGGUAACUCAAUGCCAUCAACCGGUUCAUUCCCAUCAUCAGGUAACUCAAUGCCAUCAACUGGUUCAUUCCCAUCAACUGGUUCAUUCCCAUCAUCAGGUAACUCAAUGCCAUCAACUGGUUCAUCAAUGCCAUCUGGUCCAUCACACCCAUCAAUUAUCAACGGUAAUGUUAUUGUUAACGCUGGUGGUUCAUUAGAUGUAUUAGGUAAAUGUAAUGUUGGUUCAACUCUUCAAAAUAUGGGUUCAUUAAUUGUCACCCAACCAAUCGUUGUUGCAGGUACUGCCUUCACCCAAUCAGAUGCCAAAGCAACCUGUAAUUUAAUUGCUGGUGGUUCAAUUGAUGCUAAAGUUGUCGAUUUCGUUAAAGGUACCGUUCAAGGUGUUGGUGCUCUUAAAUGUGGUAGCUGUAACUUUGCCAAUAACAUUGCUGCUAACUUAAAUAUUGUUGGUAAUGUUAAAAUGGCCUCAACUGCAACCAUUAUUGCUAAUCUUGAUGCUUCAAUCAAUGCUGCUCUCUCUAAAAUGACUGGUACUAUUACUCAAACCUCAACCAAAACAAUCAACGGUAAAUCAACCACUACCACCUCAACCAAGACUUUCAACUUUGGUGAAUCAUAUGUUCCAAUGAUCGUUGCUUCAGGUACUGCUGAAAUUGCUGGUAAACUUAACAUUGUCGCCUCAGCUGACUCUGCUGCUAAAAUUGCCACUGGUACUGUCUUCAAAUUUGUUUCAGCUCCAACUGUUAAGGGUUCAUUCUCUGGUAUUACCAACUUUGUUGGUAGUGCUGCUGGUAGUGCCGCUGGUGCUGCUAAUGGUGCUGCUGGUAUGGCUACUGGUGCUGCAAGUGGUGCUCUUUCAAAAGCCUGGUCACUUGUUCACUCACCAUGUGCCUGUGAUUGUGGUUUCAAAUAUAACUAAACAAAUAAACCAUGCACAAUAUAACUAACAAAACUUUUUAAACCCC